GCGUGCGAUACUUUCGCGGUCUCAUUGAGACGGUGUCCCAGGGACGCAGGCAGUGUAACGGGACCCUCAGAUGAGCGGCGUGAUGUCACAGGAAACCCGUUACGCGCUCGCUUGCUGCUCCGGGGGCCUCAGCUCAUCAUCUCUCAGUACACGCUACACACUGCGCGCUGCCACAGCGGAGAGCGGGACCGAGCUAACGAGCGGAAGCAUUUGGAGAUUACGCAAAAGCCAAACACUGGAACCAUGUUUGGAUGCUGGAUUACCUCAUUUCUCUUUCUGUCAGCAACCUCUGAGUUUUUUGUGGUGGUCCUCUCAGAGAACAACACUGGAGGUACGGCACAAAAGAAAGGUCAUGAAAUGGACUUCAGUCGUCACAAUAUUUUGACCGCCCAGUUUGAAUGUUACCAGAAGAUUAUGAAAGACACCAAUCACAACAGAACAGAUGGCUCUAUGUGUAAACGGACUUGGGAUGGAUGGAUGUGCUGGGACGAUUUGGAAGCAGGAGUCACUUCAGCUCAGCACUGUCCAGGCUACUUUAAUGACUUUGACACCUCGGAAAUGGCAACCAAGAUUUGUACUGAUUCAGGCCAAUGGUUCGUUCACCCAGAGAGUAACAGAACAUGGACAAAUUACACGGGCUGUAACUAUAAGUCUAAUGAACACAAAAGGGCGGCACUUAAUCUCUACUAUUUGGCUUUGAUUGGUCAUGGAUUGUCGCUGAUAUCUUUGUUUACUUCUCUGGGGAUAUUUUUCUAUUUUAAGAGCUUAAGUUGUCAAAGGAUAACUCUGCACAAGAAUCUCUUCUUCUCCUUUGUGUUGAACUCGGUCAUAACCAUCAUCUUUUUCACUUGUGUUGCAAACAACCAAGAAGUAACAGAUGCCAACCCAGUGAGCUGUAAAGUGUCUGUGUUCAUCCACCAUUAUCUCAUGGGCUGUAACUACUUCUGGAUGUUGUGUGAGGGAAUCUAUCUGCACACACUCAUUGUGGUGGCAGUGUUUGCUGAGAAACAGCACCUCAUGUGGUAUUACCUCCUAGGAUGGGGCUUCCCAUUAAUACCUGCAUUUAUCCAUGCAAUAUCCAGAAGUUAUUACUACAAUGACAACUGUUGGAUAAGCUCGAACACUUCUCUGCUCUACAUUAUUCAUGGUCCCAUCUGUGCUGCCCUGUUGGUUAACCUCUUCUUCCUUUUGAACAUUGUGAGAGUGUUGAUCACUAAGCUGAAGGUGACCCACCAGGCAGAAUCCAGUCUGUACAUGAGGGCCGUCAGGGCCACCUUAAUUCUGGUACCUCUGCUGGGCAUUCAGUAUUUACUGCUGCCCUACAAACCCGAAGGACGGCUCACCUAUGAGAUAUUUAUGCACGCAAUGAACAUACUCAUGCAUUACCAGGGCCUUUUGGUUGCCACUAUAUUUUGCUUUUUCAAUAGCGAGGUGCAAGGUGUAUUACGAAGGCACUGGAACCAGUACCGCAUCCAGUUUGGCGGGACAAUUACGAACACUGAGGCCCUGCGGUCCGCAUCCUACACGGCCUCCUCCAUGACAGAGGUCCACCGAUGUUACAGCAUCGACAGCCACAUGGAGACUCUAAACGGAAAGAGUUUUCACAAUCUGGAGACCACCAUUCUCCGAUCAGACAACCUGUACAUGUGAGAGACUCUAACUCUUUGACCUUUGGGAGAACUGCCUCGUGGAGAGGACCACUGACUGAGACGCGUGUGAGAAGAGGCCUACUGGACAUACAUCUGGUUACUUUGGACUACAGACACCCAGACACCCUUCCUGUUCCGCAGAGGCCUUAGUUAUCUCAUGUUUAUGGAUGGGAACUGGAGAAAAUACUGUAUUUUAUAUGGAAUAUUAAAGUCACAUGAACCUUUUCCAUGAUGAUCCAGUGGAACGCUUUGGAGAACAUCACACAUUGUUUCAAAUAACUUUGAUUGAGUUCAAUGGGUGAAACUGUGAUCUUAGGAUCACACCCUACUGAAGCCUUUUCUUUAUGGCACUGUGUUGUUUUUUUUGCAAAGGUUGAGCCACGCUGAUGCAUUGGAUGAUGGAUUCCACGUCUAUGGAUCUAUGGAUUAUUCUGGCUCAGAGAACAUGUAGAAGAAAGGAAUAAACGAUGAAAGAGACAAAAUCACCAUGACGUGAUUCCAGAAGAUACCGAUGACCUUGUCUGUUUUUAUGUGAAAUUUUUAUACACAUACAGGGCAAUAUUGACAAUAUAUUCUAUGUAUGCAAAGUGUUUUAUUGUCUCUUAGGAGUACUGAAUUUUUAUAUAUACGUGUAUAUAUAUACUUAAAGAAACGAAAGCAGAAUAGAGUUACUGUCAUCAUAAACUAAAGUCACUGUCAACAUACAUUCCCCUGCAGAAAGACUAGCAGAACAUGGAGAAAUCAGAUGAACCAGCCUGGACUAGCAUGUCAAUUUCAGCAGGGUUAUGUUAUUUACUUUUGAUUCAUCGAAAUGUCUAUCUUAAACUAAUUUAUCUGUAGUGCAUAUGAAUCUCAUUAAAGGUGAGUCUCGUUCAAGGAAAAGUUACAUUAGCACAUGUGGGUUUACAGUUUUUGGAGAUCUACAGAUCUACAAACAGAGAUGAUGUCUCUGUCUGUGUCUCUAUGUCUGGAACAUACAGAUGCGUUUGCCACUUUUUUCGCUGUUGUGAUUCUUAAAACAAUUUAUGUGCACAUGCUGGAUAAAUAAACAUUCAUAUUUUGAGAUGUAAA